AACCUUUUUGAUUCAUUCAAUGUCACCCUCAUCUGCUAAAUCUGGUGUCAAACUAGACAUCAUGAACCUUCAUUUUGUGUGGUUUGUUGGCCAUGCUACUUUACUCUUCAGUACCGCCAUCUACCUCUUCUCAUUCUUACUGUUCCACCCAAGCUGGAUUGCAUACCGCUUCUCUCUAUUAAGUGCUAUUGUAUCGUAUUCAAUUGUUCUUUUUAAUUCCCACAAGCCCACUCACUCUGGUGAUCCUUUCUUCAAGAGUCUCCUACUUGAUGAAAAUACUCAAUACUGGGGAUUAGCUGUUUAUUUGCUUUUUACCCGACGCGUCUCGAUUUCUCUUCUUCCAUUUGCUCUUUACUCUGUAUUUCAUGUUCUCCAGUAUGCUCGUACCAACCUUUUACCUGUAUUGGCACCUCACAAACCCGAAUUGCAAGAUCAGAUUAAGACUUUGACAACAACGCAUUAUAGUCAGGCUAUGCAUCUGAUCGCGCAAUUGGAAGUGUUUGGCGUUAUGGGACGCCUUAUCUUGGGACUCUUGACCUUCAGAGUAUCUUUGUUUGCUGUAAUCUUUUAUGGACACUUUUUGCGUAUGCGCUAUUUCAUGUCAACUUACACUCGCUCAGUUAUUCAAGAAGCAGCCGUCCAGGUAGAUAAGCAACUUGUGCCUCCUACUGCCCAUCCCAAGGUUCCUCCUCAAGUUACCAAGGCUUAUUUGACAGCCAAGAAUAUGGUCAUUAAACCAUCAUCUACCUCUGCUGCUAACAGCAAAUGAUUGCGCACAAAUAAAUGCUAAUAAACAAUAAAAACAUUGAUAUCGAUAUAUAUAUAUAUAUAUAUAUAUACAUAUAUAUAUACAUAUACAUAUACAUAUACAUAUAC